AUGGCGCAAACCGCAUCGCCCAUGCAUUCCAAACUCGACAAGAAACCCCUCCUGAGACACAAUGAGGAUGUUCGCUGUCUAGUCAGCACUGCGCUUUUCUUCACCGUCUUCUUGAUCACUUGGCACAACUUCAGCUCCCCCACAGAUGGUGGUUGGCUUUCUUUUUCCCUAUGGCUUUCCCUGUUUCAGCUCUCCUUCAUGGGCUCGGUCACGACCCAUAAUGCUAUUCAUCUGCCCGUCUUUUGGUCCAAGAACUGGAACAAGUUCUACCAGGUUUGCCUGUCUCUGCAGUAUGGCGGCGCCGUGUCCAUCUUUAUUCCUGGACACAACUUGUCUCACCACAAGUAUCCUCAACAAGCAAGAGACGUCAUGCGCACUACCAAGGUCCGAUACAGCUGGAAUCUCCUGAAUGGUCUACUAUUCUUCUGGCAUGUCGUCCUUUCGGGAAACAAGGAUGGGAAACUGUACUUUGAAGCCCAGGCCCGUCUCAAUCGACCCAUCGCAAGACAGCGUCGGAUUGAAGAGUUUGCUGUCUGGGGCACUACCGGCCUUCUCAUCCUCAUCGACUGGCGACGAUGGAUCUGGUUUGCUCUGUUGCCUCAGUUCUACGCAAAGUACUGCAUCCUUUCUCUCAACUUUCUUCAGCACGACGGAUGCGACAUGACGUCCAAGUACAACUUUGCGCGCAACUUUACCGGCAAGACGAUCAAUUACUUGUGCUUCAACAAUGGUUACCACACAGUGCAUCAUUUGUACCCUGGACUACACUGGUCAGUCCUGCCCGAGAAGCAUCAGGAGCUCAUCUCGCCACACGUGGCCCCAAGCCUGGAGGACCCCAACAUUCUGCUGUACAUGUGGCGCAACUUUAUUUACCCCGGCCUUCGCGUUGACUACAAGGGUAAGCCCCUAAUAAUCACCAAGGAGGAAAAUGAGAUGCCGGAUGAACCGUGGUUCUAUACUGAAUCGGAAACAUUUUCCGAAACGAAGGAAUACCUGGCAGACGGUAUGCAAUGA